AUGGGGAGACUUAUGUAUGUUGAUUUCCCACUAAUAAUAUCUUUUGCAGUAUUGAGUCUGUUUCAAGGAGUGGCAGCAGCAGCAUCUCCACAUCCAAAGUUGCAGUGGCAUUACUAUGAGUUCAACACUACAUGCCGCUAUGCAGAGGAGUAUGUCCGGCACCAAGUGCAGCUGAUAUAUGAUCAUGACAAAAGCAUUACUGCUAAGUUACUACGCUUGGUUUACUCCGACUGUUUCAUCACUGGCUGUGAUGCAUCAAUACUGCUUGAUGAAGGACCAAAUCCUGAAAAAAAAGCACCACAGAACCGGGGGCUUGGAGGUUUUGUAUUAAUUGACAAGAUCAAAACUGUUCUGGAAUCACGAUGCCCUGGGGUUGUCUCCUGCGCUGAUAUACUCCAUCUCGCUGCCAGAGAUGCUGCUAAAAUGGCAGGUGCACCAGGUUAUCCAGUUUUCACAGGAAGAAAGGAUGGCAUGAAAUCAGAUGCUGCAUCAGUAGACCUGCCAUCACCAUCCAUCUCAUGGCAAGAUGCUCUAACAUACUUCAAAUCAAGGGCCUUGGAUGUAUUAGAUAUGACAACACUCUUAGGGGCGCACACAGUGGGCCAAACACAUUGUAGCCACAUUCUUGAUAGGCUGUAUAAUCACAGUGGUACUGGAAACUCAGACCCAAGCAUGGAUGCUACUGUUCAAGACAAUAUGCGAAAACUUUGUCCCCCAAAAACAAAGAAAGGACAACAUGACCCACUGGUAUUCCUAAACCCAGAAUCUGGUUCAGAUUAUUCCUUCAGAGAAUCAUACUACAAAAGGAUCCUACGCAAUGAAGCUGUCCUGGAAAUCGAUCAACAAUUACUAAAUGGUGACGAUACUAAAGAGAUCACUGAAGAAUUUGCUGAUGGAUUUGAAGAUUUCAGGAGAACUUUUGCAGUAUCCAUGUACAAAAUGGGAAAUAUCAAUAUUUUAACAGGAAAUCAAGGACAGAUACGCCAAAACUGUCGAUUCACAAAUAAGGGAAACCCAAAUUAG